UUUACAAUUUCUCCUUCAGGCCAUCGGCGAGUUCAUCCUGGUGGAUCGAGACGUAAAAAUCAAGAAGAAAGGGAAAAUCUACAGCUUGAAUGAAGGCUAUGCGCAGCAUUUUUACCCUGAUGUGACAGAAUACAUUCAGAAGAAGAAGUACCCUGAGGACGGUUCUGCUCCAUACGGCAGCCGCUAUAUCGGCUCCAUGGUCGCCGAUGUCCAUCGCACGCUGGUCUACGGCGGCAUCUUUUUGUAUCCCGCCAACACGAAGAGUCCAAAGGGGAAGUUGCGACUGCUGUACGAGUGCAACCCCAUGGCGUUCAUCAUGGAGCAGGCGGGCGGCAUGGCCACCACGGGGGCCGGCAACGUUCUGGACAUCCAGCCCACCAACAUCCACCAGAGGGUCCCCGUGGUGCUGGGCUCGCCCGACGACGUGCAGGAGUACAUUGCCAUCUAUAAGAAGCAUCACAAAUGAGGUG